GCCGUAGUAUGGCUGUGCCCAGCGCCGCUGCUGCGCCGGGCACGACAACAAAAAACAUGCAUAUGCGUUCUAUUCGAGGGAAGAGCUUGGAGAGCGAGCUGGUUUCCAGACUGCAGGAUCGCAAAGUCAGGAGGAGGAGGCAAUUGCGCCCCGCAAAGCGAGUGCCACUGAGUCGGGAUCUGAGACGAGUGCUCGGGCCAGCAGCCUGUGAACGGGAUCUGACAAGAAUCACCAGGGCCUGGAGGAAAGGAGGGGGGGUAAUCACAGGCGGAGUGACGAAGAGGAGCUCUCUGCUGCUGCUGCAGACGGAGAAGGUAAGGAGAAGGGGGAGGGAGGGUAGCGGGAGAAGGAGGGAGAGGAGAAGGAGUCUCAGAGCGCGCCGAGCCGCUGAGGAAGACGUCGACGACGACGACGAGGAGGAGGAGGAGGAGGAGGAGGACGUUGAUAUUGAAUCGCGAGGCAGCGAGGGACGCUGCCAUUCCUUGGCUACUGGAAGUGCCGAGAGCAUCAACUCCAACUCCCAUAGCUGGCGUGCUAUCGAGUCUAUUGACACCUCGGAGCUAGUCAGGCAGUGUCAGAGUUUAGCGCUGACGUGUCAGAGCGGCAGAGGAGGAGGAGGGGGAGGAGGAGGAGGAGGUGGUCAGAGCUCAGCGGCAGCAGCGUGUCUGCAUGCGACGAUCAACGUACACCCCCUCGGUCAUCACGACACGGGCCCAAACACGGGACCAGACAAGGGACCGGACAAGGGACCCGCUUCAUACUCGUCCGUGGACAACCAGUUUCAGGCGGGAUGCGGUACCUGCUGCAAACACCAAGCGGCCCAUCGAGAAACCAGGGUGGCAAUCAGUUGGCAAGAGAACGGAGGCCGCGAAGUGUCGAGAAGGUCCUAUAGCUAUGGUGGCGUUGGGCCGCAUGACCCCUAUGUCAGCAUUGGGCCGCUCGACCCCCUCGGGGUCUUACCCCCACCAGCACUCAGCACAGAGGAGUACCACCUAUCGAGAGUCUUCGAAACGGAGCCACGUGUCUCAGCCUUGACUGUUUCGAGCAAUAGGGCAGCCAUAGCUCAGGAUCAGAAGCGGCAGGGUCUGGCCUGGUGGCUUGGCCCCGGGGUUGGGUUGGAGGAUGAACUGCCAUCGAGAUCUACCCAAGCAACUGGGUCUGCUGAUCAUGGAGAUGGGGGGUCGCUAGGAGGUGGGUACCCCAACCUGCAACAGCACCAGCAUCCGCGGGAUAAGAACAAUCGUGCGGCUAUGGGCUUGUAUGGUGCUGAACGCGUCUUGGGUGCUGGUCAAGCUAAGGUUCUGUCACGCACACGUGCUGUCAAUGAUUUUCAGACUUCGUUGCGCAACCCUUCGCAGCCUUCAGCUGACCUUCUGUUGGCCGAUGCCAUGGCCCGGCUACGUGAGGCCUUGCGCUUGCACAGCCUGGCCCGCAAGGACCCUCAGCUGUUGCAGAAGAUGCAGCAGCAGCAGCAACAACUUGAUGGAGUAGGUGGAGGGACAGGAGGGAAGGGAGCGAUUGCGAGAGACGAUUUGCUUGAGAACACUCCAAAGAGGGUCAACUUUGUCUCGUGUACGUCUUCCACUGCAUCUGUCACUGCUGGCGGAAUGAGUGGCAGCAUUGCGUCUUCCCUCCAGACCCCGGGCCGUCUUUCCGAUCAUCAAAAUCGGACUGAGAGCACAGCCAGCCAAAGUGAAAUGACGGAAUCGACAAGGGAGGUGGAGGCAGGCAAAGCAGGACUGCGGACCCAGUAUGAGCUGGAUUCGGUGUGUACUGAGUCUCUCCCUACCCCUCUCUCUGCCCCUCCUUUCUAUGCUCCUCUUUCUGCACCUUCUGUUUCUCCACCUCCUCUUUUUUCUCCGGCUCCUCUUUCACUGGCUCCUCUUUUGGCUUCUCCUUCAGACUUGGACGCAAGGAGACUGUCUAGCCGACAUCAAACAGCCAUGGGAGGGGGCAGGCAGGAGGGAGAAAAAAAGUCUGGAUUGCGCUCAGAGCAUCGACCAGAAUCUGUAGAGGAUGCUGUUCUUCUUCCUCAUCCCCGGCCUCUUCUUCCUGUCAAUGCCGCCAUGACUGCAGACAAUGAGAUUGCAAAUGCAUGCACGCGUGAGAAGGACUCCACAGAUAUCCCAUUGUUAAGGCAGGGUGUUGACGAAUGGCAGGAGAGUGAUGCCAAGAAAGGUCCGAAAGGGAAGGUGUCCUUGGCAUCAAGAGGGGAUGAGCUGCACAAGAUUCUGGGAUUGGUGAGAGGGGUCGUUGAAGAGCCGAAGGGAUUGCAUGGGGAUGGGUUGACAAUUGCAGGGGUAGAAGUGCAAUGGACCAUUGGAAAAGAAGAAGAGAGAGGAGUGGAGGCUAAGGUGGAUUUGCCAGAUCAUCCAGACAGCUUGGACGAUUCUCCCAGUCGUUGUUUGCCCAGUGUCGGGGUGGAUGGCAAUGCUGCAGCUGAAGCGGCGGAGGCAGACCCUGAGGAAAAGAUGGAACUUGGUGAGGCUGAUGGAAAGAUGGAUCUUGAUGCCGUCGAGGGGGAUGGAAAUCAAAAAAGCAUAGUAGACGCUUACAGACUUGACGCUACAGCUGCAGGUGGUCGAACGGAAGGCAGGGGGGAGUGUGCUGAUGGCAUGACAAUGAUUGAUGGUGUAGCUGAAGAUGUGGAAAAUGGAGGAGAGGAAGGAAGAGCAGGAGUGGGAGGAGGAGUAGGAGGAGGAGGAGGAGGAGAAGCAAUGGCUGAGUGUGGAUCAGCUCUUCUGGUUGGAGGAAGAGAAGCGGAGAGUGUUUGUGAAGGGGAGAAGCGGCGAGGGAUGGAGGGAGAUGCGAAGACAGAAGAUGGAGCAAGAAGCCAGGGUCAACAGAGGGUCGUUCUUGAGAGACCCAGUGUCGAUGCUGAAAUGGAAGAUACCCAGACAACCGUAGGAAGUAAGGAUCCAGUGAUGGUAGCUAGAGAAUUGGAUGAUGAAGGGGGACCUAAAGGAGAAGAAGAGAAGGAAAAUGUUCUGAUGAAUGACACACAAGUUGGUCAAAAGUUUCUGCGAGCUAAGGAUCUGGUAACAGUAGGUAGGGAAAUAGACGCGGGAGGCAAGGUACUGGAGGAGAAGGACAACCUUCAACUUAACAUUAGAGGACAGGAGGACGAAGAGAUUGGCAGUAGGUUGGGCAGCCCCCUGUCCCAUUCUGACCCCAAGCCCAUUUAUAGCCAUAGUUUGCACAAAGCAGAAGUUACAGAGCUGACCCAGAUUGAUGGAGAGGGUAACAAUGUAGCAGAUAGGAGUGGAGAGGGUGAUGCGCAACGAGUAGAAUCAGUUGAUGACAACCGCAUUUCUGACAUGUGUGUUUCUGACAGCAGUCAGAUUGGCCAAAAGUGGAGGAGUAGGAAUGAACUUGAAGCUAGUUCUCAGCGAGAGGAAAGAGAAUUAGCCACAGCUACUGUAGACUCACCAACAUGGAGUGAUCAGGAGAAUGCUGACCUGCAAACAAUGCAGCUUGGGACACUGCAAGGGCAUACAGGAGGAGUAGCUGCAGGAGGAGGCGAUGCUUGUGAUCAACAACAGGAAGUACCAGGACGGAGAGGAGGAGGCGGAGGAGGAGAAGGGGGAGGAGGAGGAGGAGGAAGAGGGGAAAUGGAAGUCCAGCAAUCCCCCGAGGGAUCGGUAGUAACAGGCAAGCAACAAUCAUAUCUGCCGAAGAAGGGAAGGAGUGAAGCGAAAGUAGACGAGGAUACUCGCAAGCAGGAAGGGAGAUGGACAAGACAUGUAGCGGAUGUGGCUGGCAAACGACCCUCUCUACUUGGUUCAUUAUCUUCUCCAGAUGAGAUGAAGCAGGUGAUGCUUGAGAAGAUGAAGAUGGUGAACAUGCGUCUCAAGGAGACAACGACAAAACUCUCCGGAAAGGAUAAGGAAGUGGAGGGGAGUGGAAGCAACAAUAGGAGGUCUGCUAGAAGCGGAAAUGAGAAGGAGGUAACAUCCACUGGAAGUGGAGGAGCUGGAAGGUUUGGAGGGGGAGUAGGAGGGAAAGGUGGCUCUGGUGGAGGAAGUGGUGGAGGAGGAGGAGGGGGAGGGGGCGGGGGAGGGGGAGGGGGAGGAAGCCCGCUUCUUUUUGGACCGAACGCUCUUCGCAACUUCUCUACUCGACAGAAUGAAGGAGACAAUCUGUCAAAGUCAGUCGACGGGCGAACACGUCGUCCGCAAAAGCACUAUUCGGCAUUUGGGAGAGUGGCUCCAGUUGUGGGAAGGAGAAAGGAUGCAGUAAUAGGUACAAAGAGUCGUGCAAGCCUGAGAAGCAGCAGCAGCAGCAGCACAUUAACAACUGUGUCAUCAUCGCCAUCGCCGCCGGUGGUUCUGAAGCUAUCUUUAGUAGGAGGAGGAGUUAAAGUCAUAUCAUCAUCCAUUGGUGCGUCGAUGGGCCAAGACGGUGUCGGAGAAAGCAGUUUGAAGGGAGGUAAAGUGCUUAGGCAGCCGUUGACCCCUUGUAUUGAGAGUCCUGAGAAUUCGCCACAGCAAGUGAAGGCAUCGACACCAGAAGCCCAGAGAAUGCCAGAGAAUGCUAUUGCCGCACGGAGAAGUAAGGACGAAUAUAAUGUAGGGACCUCUUCAACUUCCCUUCCACGUAGUAGUACCAAUAUGUCGACCACCACGUCACAGAGCAUGGAUGUCGAGGCGGAGGAAAUAUCGACCACGGAAACUGGAAAGGAGGAGGAGGGUGUGGUAGUCGACCCAUCUCGAGUUCCGCGUGCCAAAGAUACUGGUCCCAGUGAUACUAUCAGAGCCAGUAGCACUGUGACUGUGACGCUUGACAAGGACUCAGUAGUCAGGGUGGCUGCUGAAAUUCACCCAGCUGAAGCAAGCAGCACCAGUAUGCUUCCUCCUUCACCCCCUGUGAUGAGUCCUUACCCUCCUGUGGACAGUCGUACCAUCUGUGAAUAUGCUCGCCCAUUGGUAACGAGCAGCACGAAUCAACAUCACGAGAGGCAGAAUCAGAAUCAGACGCAGAGCCAGAAACUGAAUGAGAAGCAAAGUUGCAGCGCAGAGCACGAGAAAGUCAGUGAUGCCAAGCUAGAGAAGGAGGAGUCAGAUGCACCAUGGAGACAAAAGCUCACAUUGCUAUUGAGCAAAACAAAGUCGAUGCCACAACCUCGUUCUCCCUUGCGUACCAGAUGGCGGUCACAUUUCAAAACAGAUUUGAUGCGCAGUCCGCAAGAGGAUUCUCCUGCGGGUGGAGCUCAUCCUGCAAGGUCAGAUCCGGGACCGGUGGUAGACUGGGAUUUCGUAGAGGUCAGUGAUGAUUCUGAAGAGAUGGGUGAGGAGGAGAAAGAAGAGCACAGACGGAUCAUGUCAUUCAGUCAUAGCCUAGAAAAUGCAGAGGCUGUGGCGGCGAGCUUAAGGCGACACCAAGGCAACUUUGUACUGGGGAAAGAACGAGAGAUGACCGUCCAGGCAAGACACUUCCUGCUGCCACAUCAGUUUCCGGUUUUGAGUAAGCUGGAGACAAGGAGAGAGAGAGAGGGAAGGUGCGAGGAUGCAGGCUCGGAAAAGCAGUUAGAGAAAGAGCCCGCUUUGAGGAAGGGCAGCUCAAUCCAGCUGCUCGGUGCUCUGGAACCGGGGAAGAAGGAGAUCGAUCACCCUCUGAUCAGUGAAGGAGAUAACCAUCUUCGUUAUUUGCAGAGGACCUGGGAUCUCAUCUCGAGGGAAGACGGGAGGAAGAGCAGGAUAGGAUGGAGAAAGGACGAUAUCCAGUGGGACUUUGAAGGAGGAAGAGGAUCAGAGAUACACAUCGACAGGGAUGAUGAUGAUGAUAUGGACUGGGUGUUCGUUGAUCCUGUAAUUGGUGUCAAAGACAUAGAGGGUGCCCAGGUGGAAAGUGGCAGCGGAUUCAAAUUUAUCCCAGAGAACACAAUGAUGGAGGUAGGAGAGGAGGGGGGCGGGAAAGAAAGGGAGAAAAGGAAGAGCAAAUCGUUGAUGGUUGAAAGGUUCCUCCUCUCAGAGCCGGAUGACCACAUUGAGCCAGCAAAGGUAUCAAAUGCAGGCAUCAUGAGAAGACAGUCGGACUCAAAAGACCUUGACCGGUACCAAAUCGAGGAUAUAGAAAGGGAGAGAGAGAGAGAAAAGCCACUGAAGAGGGAGGAUGAGGGAAAGGGAGACAUCAGGAAAGUGGCGCAGGGCCAACUCAUGGACAUCCCCACAGUUGCAGGCGGUAUGCAAGCAUCUCUUCCGUCAUCCCCACCAGAGCUUGAAAUGACAUUACUGGAAUGCCGUCAGCGAAUCAAAGAGCUAGGAAAACACUUGUCGGAUGGCACCAUCACACCUAGCCUACAUGGGCCGGAUGAUGUCAUUCCAGGAGAGAGGAGAAGAGAGGCCAGAGAUAGUUCUGCUGUGUCAGCUUCAGUGUUAGGCAUGGAAGAGACGGAUGCCUGGACCCCGAGACCUGGUAUACCUGGCCAUACGCUCUCUGACAGGCUAGAGUCCAGAGCACCGUCCGCGGAGCUGCACGCUGGGAGCGGAGGGGAUGAUGGGACAAGCGAUCACAACCUACGGCUGAUAAAGACAAAUGAGGAUUCCCAAGCGCAGGUCAUGGUCAGUGACAUGAUCUUGUUUUCGCCGGUAGCAGCAGGGACAGCUACUACACCACUUGGCACUGCCGAGGAAGACCUUGGUCUCCAACAAGAAAUACAAGGAGGAAGGAAAGCUGGAUCACAUGUCUCCGAUACGCUGGCUCGAACACCAGAGAAAGAAGGGUCUCGAGGAGAUGUCAUGCUGGACAAUGUGGUGGGCAGGUGGUUUGACUUGCCUGUGGCUUGCACAGAGGAUUCCAGUCAAGCACUGUGGUCGGGGUCCAAAACCAAACCACAGACGUCUGCAGGCAACGUGGUCAGGCAGCAAAUAAGCCUUAGGACUCUCAUUCACUCACCCCCAACACAGCCUUCCACCACCAACAUACCAUACUAUGAUGGAUCGCUCCUACCCUCGUUUGACUCAAUGCAAGGGGAAGUUGGCCGAAGAUCAACAGCCGCUGUAUGCCGAACGCCAUCCGACCAAGGUGCACAUGCAGUCAGUGACGAGGACGAAACACCUGUUGUUGGAGUCGAUGCAAUCAAGGAUAGGCAGAGUUUAGCAGAUGUAAGCGGCGUCGCGGGAGACUCAUCCCCGGCACCCACCAUUUCUCCUUAUGCUUCAGCUCGUCUCCAUAUUCUCACAGAGAAAAUUAUGGAGAAGGAGAGAUCUGACAAAAGUUCAAUAGCAGCCAUCCCUCUUAAUGAACAGUCAGCGAAUGGAGUGAGAACUUUGCAGCCUGCAACUCAGCUGCCGGAGGUAGAACACGUCAGAAUGGUGAGCAAUACGGGAGAAGUUGGUAGCGGGAUGCAAGAAGGAAAACUGUCUAGCGAUGCCAAGGAGCAAGCCAACUACACCAGAAAGAACGAUGGCAACUAUUGCAGUGCACAUCAGGAAAUCCUGGCUGCAGAGUCCAAAACUCAGAGCAUUGCAGAUGCUGCCAUGUGGCAGCAAUCCAACGCCUCUAGGGAAGCUGCGUUCCCUGAAGCAAAGGAUAUCUCGGAACGAGUGGACAGACUUAGGGAGCAACUAUACGUCAGUGAGGUCUCCUUUCGCCCUCCACCAGGUGUGGCAGAAGGAGAACAUCAUGCCGAGCCAAGGCCGCUGGGUGACCAAGACACUCGGGUCCCAAGGAUCACACCCACUGCAUUUCGUUUGGAUGCGGAUAUUCAGAGAGACAACACAGCUAACAAGCUGCAACCCCCACAGGAAACGUUGCCGGUGUUGCCGGAAAUCAAUUUCGAUAUGGGUCCCCUACCAAAUGGCAUGGUAGCAGUGGUUCAUUCUGGAUUCCGAGCUCACGCCUUUAACCCGAGGAUGGCAUCUAAAGUGUUCUUCACAGCCCCAGCCUGGGCAAAGGAGUUAAAAGUCGGCUCACGAUUGGCCAAAAUCAAGAGGAAGGGUGCAAACAAAAUACAGAAAACCAUCAGAGCCUACCAUGUCGAGGAAGGCUCAAACCAUGAGGUGGUGCUGUGUUGGAGGAAGGGGCUCAUCCUUCGGCGUUGGCGAAAAGAUCAACAGGACUGGGAUCUCCACUUGGCUCGGGCACAGCUUGUUUAUAACAUGUUUGUCCACUCCUCGACUGGGUUCAGUCCAUACCGGUUGCACCGGGGACGUGAACCACGACAGCCUCUCGAUGAUAUCAUCGAUAAGGCUAAGUCAGACCUGACACCAAGCACCGCAGAGUUUGCUAGACGUUAUCGCAUAGGUGUGGAAAGAGCACGGGCAAACUUGUUCAAAGCCAAAAAGGCAAUGAUUGAACAAGCUAAUCGCCACAGGCGGCCUUCCCCCAUUCGCACUGGUGAUUAUGUCUGGGUAGCCAGUUCUGAGAUGUCAAGGGAGGAGGAUGUCUCCCCCAAGUUGUUGCCUCGUUACUUGGGUCCAUGGCAGGUCUUAGAUAUAGUGGGCGUUGAUCCAUUCGGCCCACCCUAUGUCAUUGACGUCCCGCUGCAUCUACGAACCUACCCGGUCUUCCAUGCAUCUAAGCUGCUUCCAUUCACUCCAGCUGAUGCAUUCCCAGACCGGCCUCCUCAAUUUGGUCCACCGAUCCCUGGCAAGCGGUAUGAUGUGGAGUGGAUUGAGGAUGAGUGGGGCACAGGCCCCGAUCGACAGUAUCUUGUGAGGUUCGCUUUCCAGCCUCCUUCUGAGAACAGAUGGUUCUACAGAAGGAAACUUCUCAAGACAGCAAAGUCAGUUGUUUUACGAUAUGAAGCGGCUCAGAAGGGCAACCUUCCUCGUCUUUCACCUCGUCUGCAUCCCUAGCUCGGGGGUCCUCGCUUCCCGGGGGGGUAAGCCUGCUAUGACUUGCUGAUAUCAAGUGCCGAGAUUGACUGCGAGGCUGUACAGGGUACUGCGGUGUUUGCUGUGUGCUUUGCUGUGUUUUUUUUUUUUAUCCGCACUGAGGGCCGCCCACUGUUCUAAAAAUAGCCUGAAUUAACAGCAGUAGGGGCUGAGUAGUUAAGUGCCAUUUUUUGUGCGUACAUACCUCCUCUCUACCCUUUCGCCUACCUUAACUCAGGCCGUCGGCCAGCUGUGCUGAUUGCAUCACCUUCAUCAAAAGUUGUUCAGUUUAUUUUUUGGCAUAACCUAACUUUUUUUUUUUUUUUUUUUUUUUUUUGAUAACAAAUAGCAUGCUUCAUU